AUGCACAGAGCGUUGAUUCUCCUUGUUCUCAUAGAAGAGGGCCUCGCUCUGGCACAGAGAACCAAAGACUCCCUGAGCGACAACGGCGUCCAGAGCCCGAACCAGAACGAUUGCGGCACGUGGGUGCGCAACAUCAAUGGCGGCGUGUUCACGUCGCCAAAGUACCCUGAGACGUAUCCGCCAAACAAGGAGUGCGUCUACAUCCUGGAAGCUCUGCCCAGGCAGAGGAUCCAGCUUGCGUUUGACAAGAAUUACUACAUCGAGCCGUCUUUCGAGUGCCGCUUUGACCACAUCGAGAUCCGCGACGGACCCUUCGGCUUCUCGCCCCUCAUCGACCGGGUGUGCGGAGGCAAGACCCCGGCACUCGUUACGUCCACCGGACGCUUCAUGUGGAUCAAGUUCACCAGUGACGAGGAACUGGAGGGCCUCGGAUUCCGCAUCAAGUACACGUUCGUUGCGGACCCUGACUUCCAUCUGCAUGUGGGCGGACUGUUAAACCCAAUCCCGGACUGUCAGUUUGAGCUGGGCGGCUUUGACGGGAUCAUUCGCUCCAGUCAAGUGGACGAAGCCAAGCGGGUGAAGCCCGGAGACGCCCUGGACUGCAUCUGGACCAUCAGGGCUCCCCCCCAGUCAAAGAUCUACUUGCGCUUUCUGGAGUACCAAAUGGAGCACUCCAACGAGUGCAAGAAGAACUUUGUGGCCAUCUACGAUGGCAGCAGCGCCAUUGAGAACCUGAAGGCCAAGUUCUGCAGCACCGUGGCCAACGACGUCAUGCUGGAGAACGGCGUGGGCGUCGUGCGCAUGUGGGCCGACGAGAAGAGCCGACUGAGCCGCUUCCGCAUGCUCUUCACCUCCUUUGUGGACCCCCCUUGCUCGGCCAACACCUUCUUCUGCCACAGCAACAUGUGCAUCAACAACUCGCUGGUGUGUAAUGGUGUCCAGAACUGUGUCUACCCUUGGGAUGAAAAUCACUGCAAAGAGAAGAGAUCCGGCGGUCUCUUCCACCAGAUCACCAAGACCCACGGUACUGUCAUCGGUGUCUCAUCUGGGAUUGUGCUGGUUCUUCUCAUCAUUUCCAUCCUGGUCCAGAUGAAGCAGCCCCGGAAAAAGGUGGUCGCCCGUCGGCCAGGUGUCUUCAACAAAGCAGGUCUUCAAGAGGUCUUUGACCCACCACACUAUGAGCUUUUUUCACUGCGUGACAAGGAGAUGUCGUCGGAUCUCGGCGACUUGUCUGAGGAGUUAGACAGCUUUCACAAGGUGCGGCGCUCAUCCACCAUGUCACGUUGUGUACAUGAGCACCACUGCGGUUCGCAGGGAUCUGUGGGGACAGGCGGUGGGGGCAGCGGUAGCAUCAAGCACAGCCGCACCACGCUAAGCUCCAUGGAGUUGUCCUACCACAACGACUUCUCCAAGCCACCGCCCAUGAAGACCUUCAACUCCACAGGCACUUACAAGAAGAGCUGCUAUGGCUACAAGCAGCAUACCCAGACCCAUGACUGCGACCAGCAGGUCAUCGAGGACCGUGUCACGGAGGAGAUACCCUGUGAGAUCUACAGCCGAGGCGGUGGGGCCAUGGGUGGCGUGGGCAUUGGAGGACCGGUGGGGAUCACGGGGGGAGUAGCUAUGGCCGGGGGCAUGGGGAUGACAGGGGGAAUCGCCAUGGCUGGACCCAGUGGCAUCGCCGGUGGAAUUGGCGGUGGGAUCGGUGGAGCCUGUGGCACCCUCACCAUCCGUGGCAACAGUGCCCGGAAUAGCGCUUCAGUGGUGGACCCUCAACAGCGCUCCAUGUCAAUGGACUUUUAG